AUGGCCGUGGUAUGGUCCUGAUCCAGAUUGGGAUAAGGAAUAUAUGAAAGCAGGAGGUGAAAAUUGGUUGCUGAUAGCCCCUCAUUGGUUUCCUUGUAGUGUAACAGGAAAGGUUUUAAAGGGAGCUAAGAAACACCUGGCUAAGAGAAAGGGAACUGUUGACAGUAAUACUAUUUGCUUUUCUAUAGAAGCCCCUCCUGAUAAUCUAUAUCCACCACCAACUGUGCCCCCUACCCAGUUAGCCCCCGGCCAUGCCCAACCACAACCCCCACCUCCCUAUAAAGCAAUGUAUCCUGCUGUACCUAAUGCCCCCUCAGAGGAUGAUAUAGAGGAUAUUUCUGUUGCUGCAGCUGUUAAUUCACAAUCACAGCAAUUACAGGAAUCAUCAUCUACACCAGAUUCUGAUAUAGAAUACCCACCGCCACCUCCUGGUACAGUUAAAUUAACA